AUGACGAAGAAUUCAUAUUUUAUGGUAGUGCUGCUGCUGCUAUGUUGGGCAGCUGAAGCUAUUAAUGGACAAAGUGAAAGUCCAGCACCGGCUCCGGCACCGGAAUAUGUGAACCUCACUGAUCUGCUAUCAGUUGCUGGGCCCUUCCACACUUUCCUCAACUAUCUGGAAACCACCAAAGUGAUACAAGUUUUCCAGAAUGCGGCCAAUAACAGUGAUGAUGGAAUCACCAUUUUUGUCCCGAGGGACUCUGCUUUCUCCACUAGUGUGCAGCACCGCCUCUCAAACCUCACCCAGGACCAGCUCAAGUCUAUAUGUCUUUUCCAUGCCUUGAAUCGUUACUAUCCUCUCUCCAAUUUCACGGAUCUCAGCCGUCAGAAUCCGAUUCCUACCCUUGCCGGAGGAGGCCUUAAUUCCAUCAACGUCACUGACCACUCAGGAACAAUCUCCAUCGAUUCCGGUUGGACUCGAACAAGGGUGACGAGUGCAGUGCACGCGGCUGUUCCUGUAGCUAUCUAUCAGGUUGAUGGAGUUUUGUUGCCAGAAGCAAUCUUCGGCACAGACAUACCACCAACUCCAGCUCCAGCCCCAGCUCCAGUUGCGACUGCACUUACGCCUACACCUGCAGAUCUUGCGCCAGCUGCCGAUGCGAGACGAGGAGGAGGAGGAAGGGGCAGUGGUUCAUCUUCUUAUGCUGCGCCUCGCAUGAUUUUGGAUUUAGGUCUGCUCGCUUCUCUUCUUCUUUGUGGGCCGUUGCUGUUUCAGGGGUUUUGA